AUGGUCUUGCGGAGUAGAGCUUUGGCUGCUAGCUCAGCGCUUGCCGCUGUUGCUCACGCCUCUCAGCCCGGAGCUGUCCAGCCUGUGCCAGGUCCCAUGAGAGACCUCACCUGGGGUCAGAUCAACUUUAUCCACACAACCGAUACGCAUGGCUGGCUUGGGGGUCAUCUUCAAGAAGCUCAGUACUCAGCCGAUUGGGGAGACUACAUCUCCUUCACCCAGCACAUGCGCAAGCAGGCCGACGACAAGGGAGCCGAUGUGAUAGUCGUCGAUACUGGCGACCGAGUCGAGGGAAAUGGCCUAUACGAUGCCUCAACCCCCAAGGGCCUCUACCAAUACGACAUCUACGCCGAAGCCGACGUCGACAUCAUCUCCACCGGCAACCACGAGCUCUACAAGCAUUACUCGGCCGACAAGGAACACAAUACUACAGUCCCCAACUUCAAGGGCAAAUAUCUCGCCUCCAAUCUCGAUUACAUUGACUUUGAGACUGGCGAUCGCGUCCCUCAAGCUCAGCGCUACCGCAAGUUCAAGACAAAGAACCAGGGCCUCGAUGUUGUGGCUUUUGGCUUCAUCUUUGACUUUACCGGCAACGCCAACAACACCGUCGUCCAACCUGUGGCGGAGACGAUCAAAGAGGAAUGGUUCCAGAAGGCUAUCCGCGAGAAGACCGAUCUUUUUGUGGUGAUCGGCCAUGUUGGUCUCCGCAUGGAGGAAUUCAAGACCAUCUUUACCGCCAUUCGCAAGCAGAAUUGGCACAUUCCCAUCGCCUUUUUCGGUGGUCAUGCUCAUGUUCGAGAUGCUGUCAAGUAUGACUCUAAGGCCUUUGCCAUUGCCAGUGGCCGGUAUCUUGAGACAAUUGGAUGGAUGUCGAUCGACGGUAUCAAGAAGCAAGACAACAAGGAGGUCGAAGCCGCAGCUUCUCCCACUUUUACUCGUCGAUACAUUGACAGCAACCUCUACGGCCUUUAUUACCACACUGGCUUGAACGAAUCGACGUUCCCUACUGAGCAAGGCCAGAAAGUCACUGGGAUGAUCACUAGUGCCCGCAAGGCUCUCAAUCUCGACCACAAGUUUGGGUGCGCACCAAAGAUGUUGUGGAUGAACCGAGCGCAGUACCCAAGUGAGGACAACAUUUACAGCUGGAUCACCGAUGAAGUCUUCCCAGACAUCAUCACGCGCGAAGAUCGCAAGGACAAGCCAAGAAUUGCCAUCACCAACACGGGUGGCGUCAGAUUCGACAUCUUCAAGGGCGCCUUUACCCGAGACAGCACUUUCGCCAUCAGCCCUUUCACCAGCGGCUUCCGAUACAUCCCAGAUGUGCCGUACAAGAUUGCUUCCGAGGUGAUUGAUGUGCUCAACAGCCUCGAGAGGAUCAUGUCAGAGCAGGGUGCUGACCCCAAGUUCCUUGGUCUUCCUGAACAAAUGUUCCCCAUCCCUGCUACUGUCUCUCAGGCUCGAAAGGAUGAGGAAGAUAAGGAAGGUCGUCUGGAACUCCGCAGCUUUGAUGACAAGCCAAAUCUUACCGCCGGUUACACCACCGAGGAUGACAUUGGUGCUGACGGCGACGACACGAUUCAUGAGCCCGUCAAGUCCUACCACCUUCCCAACUGUGUGCAAGCGGAGAUUGCCUUCCCCGAGAGCGGCAAGCCUGAGACGGUGGAUCUUGUUUACCUCGACUUUAUCCAGCCUUGGCUUCUGGAUGCGCUCAAGUUCUUGGGUGGGGAGUACAACAAGGACAGCGUUGAGCAGUAUAUCGAUGGCACUUGGACAUAUCACAUGACGGAGUGGAUCAGUAAGAACUGGAAGGGCAACUGCUAG